AUGGGGCUGCUGCUGUCGAUCACUGGCUUUCACCAGCCAUCGGCCUGGGACGAGCGGGCUCAAGCUCCUGCCGAUGCCGACGAAAAUGCUGAGCCGGAGCGAAAGGUGUCUCCUAGCAAGCGGGAGACGGAAACGAACAUCACCAAGAUUCUUCGGCUGAUCGAUUCCGACAUGGUGGAUGACACUCCUGGCGCGGUCAAUGCGCUGACGCGAAAGGGGACCGCAUUCGUCACGCUCUGCAGCUCUUUAAGCUUCCACGCGCUUCGGUUGAUCCUUCGCGAUGCCUUCUUCCGUUCGGCGGCCACGUCGCCCAAAGCAAUGAUGAAGCGGAAGGUGGCAGAGCACUACAUGCUUUCUGCUAUCCAUGCCUUCAGCUGCUCCGUCUUCAGUUUGAGAAAGCUGCUGAGCAAUCGGUGGACUUCUGCGGUCGGCUCGGAAGCCAUGCUAUGCUUCUCCCUGGGUUACACGAGCUACACGCUGCUUGCGCUCCGGAGUCAGCUGUUUUCGGAUCCGCUCUUUGCAGUGAACGAACUGGCGAAUUUCGUCAAGCACUGGUCAUGCCUGCGAGCGCAAGGCACCGGCUGGAUUGUGCCACUGCUCUUGUCUGCAGAGAUUCCGACGGCCUGCCUGGACCUUCUGCGGAUGCUGGCAGAGGUCGGCCUCUCACCUUCCGGCCUGGCCUGGCGCUUCUGUUUGGGCGCUUUCACCACCAGCUUCGUUGCAGUGAAGGGGCUACUGCUGCCCAUUUGCCUCGGGGCAGUGAUUAAAAGGCCUCGGCAGUAUCCCGAGCUUCACCAACCAGCUUUUCUACCCGCCAAGCUGGCCAUGCUGGUUCGGGUGGUGAUGAGUUACACCUGGCUCAGUAUCGUUGCCCGACACUGGGUGCCCACUCGUCAUCUGCACCCUGAAGGCUACCUCGUCUCACCGAGCGCGCAGCGCCUUCCCCGCCUCCGCAACAUCACUCCCAGCCUCUCCGACGUGUGGCUUCAGUUGAGAAGUGCCUACAGUCCACUUAGCCUCCUGUUCUUCUCUGUGCUUCAGGCUUGCUACUUCGUAGGUCCUGCGGCGUUGCCGGCCAUCCUCUAUGCAUUAGCACGGAAGCCAGGGUACCGCUUGGCAGCUGGAUCUGCCUUACUUGGCCUGGGAGUGCUGGCGGCCUGGCCAAUGCAUUUAGAACGUCCUUACCGCAGCGGUGGCUCUGCGUUUUCAGAGCUUUUUCAGCGCUGGCUGUUCGACCGCUUGUUGCGCUACUUCUCAUUCAAGGCGGUCUUCGAGGAGCCCCUGCAGAAGGAUCGCAGAUAUCUGCUUGCGGUGAUGCCGCACGGUGUUAUCCCCUUUGCGAACACGUUGCUCUCAAUUACACUGCAAAGGCAGGGCUUCAUCCCCAACAGCAUCGGCGCAGACAUUCUGUUUCAAAUCCCUGUGCUGAGACAGCUGGUGCGUUUCGGCGGCCUGAUUCCGGCCACACCUGAAUCCAUCAAGCGAGCUUUGGCCUGGCCGUACCCGAACAACAUCACCUUCAUCGUGCCAGGCGGCAUUGCGGAAAUCUUUUUGAUGCGACCAGACUUGGAACAGGUCUUCAUCAAAAGCCGCAAAGGCUUCAUCCGGCUCGCGCUCCAGGCUGGCGUGGACAUCGUUCCUGUUUAUGGCUUGGGCCACACACAGCUCUUCACGAUGCUGGACAAGUCCUCCGGACUUGGUGGCUUCAUGAUGCGAAUGAGCAGACGCCUCAAGGUUUCGCUGCCAUUGAGCUAUGGGCGGCUGGGAAUGCCCUUGAUCCCUUAUGCAAAGCCUGUUGCGGCUCUGGUCGGGAAGCCCAUCCGGAUCGAUGUGCCGGACCCCAAUCCAUCCGCUGAGAAGAUCGACGAGCUGCACGCGCAGUUUGUCCAAGAGCUGCUCCGAAUUUUCGAGAAGCACAAGGCGAUUGUUCCCGGCUACGAAAACAAGCAGCUUUAUCUGGAAGACGAGGAGGUGCCUCCUCUCCCAACUGAUGCCUUGGCCGACGACGUUUUGUUUCCCAGCAAUCUGCCGGCUUUCAAGAGCCGUAGCGGUGCAUCCUCAACGGGCCGUCUGAUGUCUCAUGGCGCCGCGGAUGAGAAGGUGGAAGACGAAGAGGUGGACGAGUUCUUGACCGACUACGACUUCCGUCACAGGGUUGGCCAGCAGCGAGCGAAGCACCGAGCCAGGUAUGGUCGUGGCUCUGGACGUGGCGCAGCCAGUGCGCGCAAUCCGUCUGGCGACGUCGAGGAAGAUGAGGAGGAGGAGGCUUCGCAAGACUGA